UUCGCACUACCGCAUCAGCUUCACUUUUACCCGAAAGAGGCUGCCGCUUGAUAAAGACACGGCGGUGAAAAUGGAGACGUGUUCUGAAGAUGACCGGCGCAGACAUCAACUGAUGCAGUAUCUCUAUAAUGAAUGCCAACGACUUUCUGAUAAUUUUGAGGCUAAUGCUUCACAAUUUGACUUGGAUUUUCUUGAGCAACGCUACGAAGAUAUCUACAACAUCUUACUAAGAGCUCAAGAAACUGGAAUAUUUGCUAAUAUUGACGACAUUUUGGACAGCAUACAGACGACACUGCGCUUGAUUGUUGCAAAAAAUAACCACACCGGUGGAUUUCGGCCUGCAUUGAUCACAUCGGGUGGCAGAGGACGGCCAUCAUGGGACAUUUCUGAAGACCAAAUAAAGUACCUCUUGGAGUACAAUUUCAGUGUUCGGGAAAUUGGGCAACUGUUAGGUGUGAGCUACAGCACUGUACGAAGAAGGAUGGCAGACAGCAAUCUCUCUGUCAGAAUGAACUACAGCAACAUCAGUGAUGAGGAUCUCCAAAGAUUGGUGUACAAUUUUAUUCAGGAGUGUCCUGAUUCUGGAAUAAAAUCUGUUUUAGGGUAUUUAAAUAGUGUGGGACUAAGAGUACAGCGCUCAAGAGUAAUGGAAACAAUGAGGGUAGUGGAUCCUGUGGGCACCAUCUGUCGUGGCAUUGGCAUCAAUAUAAUACAGAGAAGAACUUACUCUGUCCCAUCACCCCUUGCACUUUGGCACGUUGACGGCAAUCACAAAUUGAUACGGUGGAGAAUUGUGAUUCAUGGUGGCAUCGACGGAUACAGCCGAAAGAUAAUGUUCCUCAAUGCCAGCAAUAACAACCGAGCAACCACAGUUCUUCAAGCAUUCUUGGGUGCUGUUCAGAAGUUUGGCUUGCCAAUCCGAGUACGCAGCGACAAAGGAGGAGAAAAUGUUGAAGUUGCUCGAUAUAUGCUAGAGCAUCCCGAACGAGGAGCAGAAAGAAAAAGUUUUAUCACUGGACGCAGUGUACAUAACCAAAGAAUCGAGAGGCUCUGGAGAGAUGUUUGGUGUGUUGUCACUGUGAACUACCGAUCUGCACUACAAUAUCUGGCUGACACUGCAGCUUUAAAUCCGGAUAGUGAACUGGAUUUGGCUUGCAUUCAUUUUGUAAUGCUACCCAGAAUAAACCGGCAUUUAGAGCUUUUUUCUGCAGCUUGGGACAGACAUUCACUUUCGACAGAGCAAGGUCGAUCACCUCAACAAUUGUGGAUUAGGGGUCAAUUAAUGGCGAACACUUCCAUACCAGAUCCUUCAAGCGAGCAGAUUGAUGAAAAUCGUUAUGGAGUUGACUGGCAAGGACCAACCCCAUUGGAAACAGAAGAGACAGUGAUAGUUCCUGACACACCGGAAAACGUCAGGAGACAGGUUCACAUGCUCCUUCAGGAACGAAUUGACCCACUGAGGGACAGUGAGUGCUUUGGAAUGGACAUCUGUUUGGAGGCCUUGCAGUUGGCGAGGCAAACAUUCCCAGAGUUUUCAUAA